ACGCGGUCAGUCGGCAUGCCAAGGUGGCUUGUACCCACUCCUUUAGUUAUUUUUUUGUGCAUACUUCAACAUCGAAAUGUCUCCAUCGGAAUCACCUCGGUUUUUCUCUGAGAAGGAGGUAGCCAAUCAUUCCACUAAAAACUCAUGUUGGGUAUUAACGGGGACGAGAAUUUAUGAUGUGACGGGAUUCCUUCGUAUUCACCCGGGUGGAGAGGCUCUGAUAUUAAGCCGGUCAGGGAAUGAUAUCAGGACGGAGAUGGAGGGGCCCCCACACCGGCACUCGGAGAACGCAAGUCGGUGGAUGGAACAGUACUACAUCGGAGAGCUGGACACAGACGGUAGUGCCGAUGAAAUACAGACGGCGAGGGAGAGGAAGAAGACUCAGGAGCACACAGUGGAUGAGGAGCCUUCACCCAUUAGCAAAUGCAGUCAAGUCAACCUGGACACGGACCUGGUGGACUGGCGGAAGCCCCUGGCCUGGCAGGUGGGCAACCUGGGAGAGAAAUACGAGACCUGGGUGCACCAGCCUGUGGAUCGGCCCAUUCGCCUGUUUGGGAACGAGUUCAUGGAGGCCAGCACCAAGACAUCCUGGUACAUGGUCCCUGCUGUGUGGAUGCCACUGGUGUUCUAUCUCAGCUGGUACUGCUACACCACCUUGGCUCAGGAGACAACCAGACUAUUCGCCAGCACAGACUAUUCCUUCCUGGUGCACAAGUACAGCUUUCCCCUCAUCUUUGUGAUGGGCAUGGUCAUAUGGACCUUCAUCGAAUAUUGCAUCCAUCGCUUCGUCUUUCACAUGCGCCCGCCCGCCCACAACUAUUACCUCAUCACCAUUCACUUCCUGCUGCACGGACAGCAUCAUAAGUCUCCCUACGAUGGCUCCCGCCUAGUCUUUCCUCCUUGCCUGGCCUCAGUGGUGAUAGGCAGCUUCUACCUGCUGCUGACCAAGGCCUUCCCUGAGGCCUUAGGGGUGUCCUUGUUUGUGGGGGGGCUGUUUGGGUACGUGGUGUACGACAUGAUCCAUUACUACCUUCACUACGGCUCCCCCCAGAAAAACUCCUACCUGUACAGCCUCAAGGCAUACCACGUCAAGCACCACUUUGAACACCAAAGAGCAGGUUUUGGAAUCAGCACCACAUUGUGGGACUAUCCGUUCAAGACAUUGAUUCCUGAACAGACCUUUUAGAAGACCCAACUUACUCUACUCUCCACUGGGGGGCAACCUUCACCCAUCCCUCUUAGACCUGGCAAUCAACCCCUUCAAUGAUGCCAUACCCUUUGGCCCCAGCCUGUCCCUAUAGUCUGUCUGUCUGUCUGUCUGUCUUUGUCUCUGUCUCUGGCUGCUUCGAACAAAACACAAAAACACUUCUCCAAUAUGUUCCACCUGCCAGUCAAAGAAGAAAGAUAUCUUUUCAGAACUGGAGAGAUGGAGGUUUGGGGUGAUUCUGUAUGUUUUGUUUAUAAUCGACAACCUUAUCAAAUGAAGAUCGUAUGACUAGAAUGCAGUAAGGAGGAUAAUACAUGCAGUCACAGGAUAUAACAGUCAACAUCCCAUCAGAGACCGUAUAGCCAUCAAACUCAACUCUGGACCUUGAAGUCAGUUCCACUGGGGUUUUUCCAUUGUUCCCCUCUAAUAAGGGACUGAUUUAGACCUGGGACACCAGGUGGGGUAAAUUCAUUAUCAGGUAGAACAGAAAACCAGCAGCCUCCGGACCUCGUAGGGUACGAGUUUACUAACCCUGCAGUAGAGAGAGACUAGAAAGUGAGAGAGGGAGUGUGAAUGUGGAAGAGAGGAUAAAGAGUGAUGUUUAGGACGGUGAAAGUUAGAGAUUAUAGUUGUCCUUAUAUACAGUUGAAGUCGUAAGUUUACGUACACUUAGGUUGGAGUCAUUAACUUGUUUUUCAACCACUCCACA